AUGCCAAGACAACCUAAAAAUUCAGCUGCUGCCACUAACAAUCCUAGCAAUUCCAAUACUAAUAAAUCAUCAUCAUCUGGCAAGGCGACAACAACAGCAGGCGCCAAACAGAAAUCCGAUCCUGGUAAAACCUCCACUACAAAGACCAAGAAAAGCUCUUCUGAACCUAAAAGAGCACUUAGCGCAUAUAUGUUUUUUGUUCGUGGAAAUAGAGAAAAGGUUAAAGCCGAAAACCCUGAAGCAAAAUUUGGUGAAAUCAUGAAAUUUCUUGGAGAAAAAUGGAAGGCUUUGAAUGAUGAAGAAAAGGCUCCUUAUAACGAAAUGGCCACAAAUGAUAAAAAACGUUACGCAGACGAAAAGACAACGGCAAAUAAUGUGAAAUAA